CUUACUUUGUUUUUUCGAUUUUCCGGUAAACCGAAGAGAGACUGUAAACAAAUAUAUCAUAAUUACGUCCAAAAAUUAUUCAUUAACUUUUUGUGAUUUAAAAAUUGAUUAAUAUCUUCGAAGCUUUGUUCUUAUAUAUAACAGGUAGUAUAUAUAAUGGCUGCUACUAGUAUCCCUAAUCCGUCUACUUUGUUACCGUUAGAACUUAUCGACAAGUGUAUUGGUUCAAAAAUACAUAUCAUUAUGAAAAAUGAUAAAGAAAUCGUCGGGACUCUUCUUGGAUUUGAUGACUUUGUUAAUAUGGUGCUUGAAGAUGUAACAGAGUAUGAAAGUACCCCGGAGGGCCGAAGAGUCACUAAAUUGGAUCAAAUUCUCUUGAAUGGUAACAAUAUCACAAUGAUGGUACCUGGUGGUGAAAUGCCGGAAAUUUAACAUGUAAUCAUUAAUAUGUUGAGUCUCAAUCAUCUCUGUAUAAAAUUUCUCAUUAUGACUGUAUAGAAGGAAAUAAAUCGAGUAUUGAUUAUUAUAAAAA